GUAGUGUCCAACAAUUAUGACAGACUCCUUGAUGAGCUGGUCUCUCAAGAAAAGUACAGGAAGUUAAUCAACUGUAGGAGCGGCUGGGGUAUCCCAGGAACACCUUUACGAAUGGCAGCAUCUAAAGGUCAUCUCAGGUGUCUGCAGGUUCUACUGGCCCACGGAGCGGAGGUGGACUGUCUAGACGUGAAGGCUCAGACCCCACUCUUCACAGCUGUCUGUGGGAAAUACUUGAACUGUGUUUUAUCCCUCCUCAGGGCAGGUGCUAACCCAAUGGCAGCUUGUAUAACAACUGCUCCCCUGUCCUGACUGCAGCUAGAGAAGGGGAUGUUGAGAUUCUGAAGCAACUACUUAAACAUGGUACUGACGUCAACUCCAGGUCCAAAGUCUUGCUGUUUACUUCAAUUGCCAGUGUUUCUAGUGGCCCCCUCUAUAUGUCUGCUGUGUAUGGACACUUAGACUGCUUUAAAGUAUUGCUUCUCUAUGGGGCUGAUCCAAAUUACAACUGCACAGAUGCAAAGCUUCGUAGUAAAAUCAAUCAGCCCACGACCGUGCUUUUUGAAAUGUGCCUCAGACAGGGCUGUGGGGUGGAGUACAUCCAACUCUUGAUUGACUUUGGUGCAAAUGUCUACUUCCCCACUCUCAUCAUAGAGAAAUCCACAAAGCAGAAUGAGGCUGUGGAGCUGCUGCUGCAAGAAAGAGGUGAUGGAGUUAUGCUGUUGAUAAACCUUAGUAUUCUCCCAGUGAUUUCUGUUAAUGUUUUUAUUGACAUUAGACAAACAUCUAGGGUUAUUGUUUUUUAAUUGAAUUGCUACUUGACAAUACAGGACUGUACUGCUUUGCUGACAGAUUAGCAUUUGGCUAUGUGAAUAAACUCUUGAAUCUGUGAAUGUGUAAUAAUCAGGUAUUUUUAAUUAACUAACUCAAAUUCAAUUGUUCUCUUUGCUAGGUUGUCCCAAGUCCCUCGUAUCACAGUGCCGACUUGCCAUCCGAGGAUACCUCAGGAAGAUCAACAAAGUCCAGUCCAUUGACCAUUUGGAAAUGCCUUCAAGCAUGAUAAACAUCUUGCAAUACAAAUCAGUCCCAAAAACUGCUAUAUAUCUCUGUUGAAAGCAUAUAUUGUCACUAUGCUUUUGCGACAUGAAAUAUAAUGCUUACUUUUUGCAAAACAUUUCAUAGUGAUGUUGCAAUUUUUUGUCUGUUUUAGAGAAUGUUUGUGUAAUAUGUUUAUUCUCAUUGAAUAUGGUUUUUCAAUCAAUUAUUUGAUCACGUUGUUUAUUAUUUUUUAUUUUCUUCCAUAAUACAUCUGUUUUGAAUUUAUGUGUAUUUUGAAAGACUGCAAUGUAAGUAUAAAAUAUAAUGCGCAGUAGAAAUGACAGCCAUUAAAAUGUCUUGAAC